AUGGAGAAUGAAAAGCCUUCCUCAUCCUCAUCAAAGUCGGGGUUGCCAACUAUGGAACAAGAUGAAUUGCCUAUAUAUGCAGAAAUAGUUAAUGUAUCGGAACCGGAACCGGAACUGGAACGGAAACCUGAACGAGUAUGGAUCCAUGACGUGUUCUUAAGUUUCAGAGGAGAAGAUACCCGCGCUUCUUUCACUUCACAUCUCUAUACAGCUCUUCAGAAUGCUGGAAUUAACGUUUUUAUGGACGACAAUGACCUUCAAAGAGGAGAUUACAUUUCAGCAUCUUUAUCUUAG